AUGGACGAAACUGGCUUCUUAAUAGGGCUUGCAUACUCCGCUAGAGUUGUAAUCUUCCAAGAUUUCCAUAAUAACUUCAAAACUGUGGACGGCUCGAGAGAAUGGGUAACGCAGAUUAAUUCUAUCUGCGCAACUGGAAGAACUAUUCCGCCUUUUCUAGUGUUUAAGGGUAAACAAUAUACUCAGGCAAUGUGGGAGGAAGCCAUGAUAUCGCUUGGAGAAUGUACAAUUGGCCUUACAGAGAAUGGGUGGAGUAAUGCAGAGGUAGGCCUAGAAUGGCUCAAACACUUUGAAGCGCAUUUAAAACCGGUGAGUCCUCACCAAAUAUUAUGCUAG